AUGCUUCAGCCACAUCAGAUGGACAUCCAGGCAUUCCAGCAGCAGCAACAGUUAUUGCAAGUUAUGCAACAACAACAGCAACAACAAAUUUUGCCCAAUCCGCUAGGCUUACAUGAUUCGCCGGCUUUUGCACAGCAGCAGAUUGUUCUGCAGCAGCAGCAUCACCAACAGUACCAGAGAGCCCUACAACAAGCUGCUCAACAGCAGGCUCAGUUAUUGCGCGAGACAGCCGAAGCACUGGCGCGAGAGCAGGCAGAUGCAGCACGCCAGAAGCAUGAGCAGCGCGUGCGAAUGGCGCACAUGAAAGAGCAAUAUGAGCGGCAGCAACAAGAAAAAAUACUUGCCGAGCAGCAAAGAGAGGAGGAACAAAAGAAACUUGUGAGGUUUUCUUAUUUUAUUGGGCGCAAACUUAUCAGGUUCCGGUGA